CUGAACAAUGCAAGGACGAGUGCGUCGCCACCUCCUGCAUCAUGGGCGAGUGGACCAUCCUGGAGCGACUUCUGGAGGCUGCGGUCCAGCAGCACUCCACUAUGAUCGGCGCGAUCCUACUGACCGUAGUGGUUAUCUUCCGGAUCCUGAUCGUAGGAAUCGUCGGUGAGAAGGUGUACGAGGAUGAGCAGAUCAUGUUCAUCUGCAACACCAUGCAGCCGGGCUGCAACCAGGCCUGCUACGACAAGGCCUUCCCCAUCUCCCACAUCCGCUACUGGGUGUUCCAGAUCAUUCUGGUGUGCACGCCCAGCCUCUGCUUCAUCACCUACUCGGUGCACCAGUCGGCCAAGCAGCGCGAGCGCAGCUACGCCUUCCUGCACCCGUACAUGGACGGGGCCACCGUGGCCCACCAGGCGCACGGCCAGACUGGCCACGGGGGCCACGGCCGCCACGACCACCACGCGGCCCGCAAGCUGCGCAACAUCAACGGCAUCCUGGUGCAGAACGACAGCAGCAAGGAGGACCACGACAUGGAGACCAAGGAGAUCCCCAACAUGGCGCGCAGCCUGCCGCACGGCAAGAGCGCCAAGGUGCGGCGGCAGGAGGGCAUCUCGCGCUUCUACGUCAUCCAGGUGGUGUUCCGCAACGUCCUCGAGAUCGGCUUCCUCGCGGGCCAGUACUUCCUGUAUGGCUUCAAUGUGCCGGGGAUGUUUGAGUGCGACCGCUACCCCUGUGUGAAGGAGGUUGAGUGCUACGUAUCGCGGCCGACAGAGAAGACCGUCUUUCUGGUCUUCAUGUUCGCCGUUAGCGGCAUCUGUGUGCUGCUCAACCUAGCAGAACUCAACCACCUCGGCUGGCGGAAGAUUAAAACGGCCGUCAGAGGGGUGCAGGCGCGUAGGAAGUCCAUCUGUGAGGUGCGUAAGAAGGACGUGUCCCACCUCUCCCAGGCCCCCAACCUUGGCAGGACCCAGUCUAGCGAGUCGGCCUACGUCUGACCUCCGGGGGCUCCUGCGCCCCCCUUUGGGGGGGGCCUCCUCCUCUUGCUGGAGCGUACGACUGGGGUCUGGGGUCCCUUAGGGACUGGGCACCACCUCUAAACUCUCUAAAGGCCUCCACACCACCCCCGCCGCAGCCUCGCUCCAUCUCGUUAGAUUAAGCUUCAGUUAGGAAAGGACCCCAGGGUGCUGCGGCGGCGGCCGCCGGAGGGGGAGGAGCCACGUGGAGGCGCGCCCAGCGGGGGGGCUGAGCUCUGAGCUCGGCUCCGCCUAGGUCACACUAGGUGCCUUCUAACCUAACGCGAAAAAAAUAAAUAGGAGAGAAAGUAAAUACCUUAAGAGAUAUUAUGUAGAAAAAGUGUAGUCACUAAGGAUAGUUUUCUGAAGUCCCCCUUCGGCCUUUUCUCUUUUGGCAUCGCGGGGGCGGAGCUAAGCGGCUCCCCCCACCCCCCCCCCACCCCCUGCGUAUGUGUUGCGUAUGCAAGAGCUUCUGCGUGUCCAUGCAUGCGCAUGUGAGCGGCGAGCGGCCGUCUGGCGGGCUCAGACGGCCCCCAUGCUAAAGCUAACCCCGCUAAGAGAGAAUGCUACCUUUCUUUUAAAACUAUUUCUUGCUCCUAAAUCCAUAGGCUAGGUUAAAACUACGAUCUCCGGGAAACAUACAUCUUUCUACGCCAUUACCUCGUUAAAGAGUAUCUGAAACGAUUAGAACUCGAAAAAAAGAAAAACACCUAAAAGAAGACGAACGCAUCACCGCAGCCAACACCCCCAUGGCCUCAGCUCUGUAUAUCUCACACAGGGUACGGAGCUGCUGCCAUGACAACCACAUACAGGCGUUACCGAGCGCACCAUACACACCAACACCCCGUCACCACCCGUCCCUCGGCCCCUCGACCCCUCGAUCAUCAUCGCAACCGCCGGACGGUCCCGGCCGACCGGACCGGAACAUUCCGCAUCCCUCGGUCCGCUGGACCGGGAGACAGAGAGGUCCCGGCUCACCCCCCCACCCCCCCGGGAGAGACAAUGUACAUAGAGGACCGCGACGGGAACGCCGCCGGGAACCCCCCCGGAGACGCCCACCCCCGGAGACCAGCGGCCGCCAGCUCUACGGUAAACUACGGUCUGUUGUCAACGGGCUGCUAGCCCCCCCACCCCAGGUAGAGCCCCCCCCAUGGACUUUGAGAGGCAUGUUACCGAAGCAUCACUAGAAUGGAUAGAUUAUGAAAUGUAAACUUUAAACUAAAGACUUUUUGAUUUCUUUGCAUCCUGUGAAAUGUACUAAUCAGCAUGCGUUAAUAAUGACAUAUGAGAUACGGGACAGCAUAGGGCCGCUCCUGGGGUAUCUCAGAGGCUUCAGAAUUGCAGCAAUAAUAUAAAUAUAUAUAUGUGAAAAAAUAAUAUUAUGUGAAUAAAUCAUUAUGCAAAAUGUCCUUCCA